AUGGAGGAGGAGGAGCAACAGUGGUUUUGUAAAGGUUGGAUUCUCAGAACUGGAGGAUUCAAACGAAAUGGGAAUUCUUGGGACUGGAUCUGCCUGAAGCCUGGUUUCCCUGGGGAGGGGAUAGUGACUGCUGACAACAAACAGUCUUAUAAAUCUCCAGCCUAUGAGGCACUGGCCUUUGAGUUAUUGCUGGAGUGCCCAGUGUGCAUGGGGUACCCACGUGAGAUCCUGCAUUACACCUGCGAACACCUCCUCCCGACUAGGGCAGAGAUCUGGAGCUUCCACCCCAGCAAGUUCAUUCAGAGGGAUGGCCUGUAGAGGUUCCACAUCCUCAACAGGCUCUUCAACCUGCCUGAAACCUACCUGUAGGUCUGCAUGGUGGACUUCUCUGGCUGCUCCUGCUAUACCCAGGGUGUCCUGUGCCCUGUCCAGCCCUGGGGUCCAGGUUUGGUGGUCACCUCAGCCGCCUCAUCAGCCUCCCCUGUCCUCUCGGCCUGCCCCAGCUGUGACACUAGCUAUCGGCAUGGGAACCUCUUCACUCCUCCCAAAGCCUCUUCCUUCCAGGACCAGAGUGAUGCCUCUCUCCUGUCUGGCUCUCCCCUUGAGGAAGAACCAAGUGUGGGAGGGGGCGUCUCCCACACAUGGGCCUCCCUGGAAGUGGUCAUGGUCAGGGAGGCUGGGGAGCCAGAUCCAGGGGUGCUGCAGGGCACGUGGAUGGGCUAUGACCUCGGGGCUGGCAAGCUUCCCCCAGCGCAGAGCGCGGCUGAACCUGGGCCGGUGCCCCUGCCAAGCAAGGGAGGGCAGGAGCCGUGGGCUGUGUCACGGUCGGGCCUCAGCCGGGCCCUGGACGUCCUCCUGGGACCAGACUGUGGUAGACACACUGAGGCAGGCUCCUCGGACGAGGUGUGCGAGCUGCUCGGGGUGCACGGGAAGGAUAUUCUGUACAUCGGGGACCACAUCUUUAAGGAUGGCCUCAAGUCUAAGAAGCAGCAGGGCUGGACUUACACGGGGGUUCCUGAGCUGUCCCGGGAGCUGGGCAUCUGGGUCCAAGGGAAGGGUGAGCUGGAGGAGCUGAAGAGGUUGGACAUGCACCUGGUAAAGCUGUACCUCGAGAGCCCUGACGGGCCCAGGGUUGUGUCUGGAGCUUGGAGGCCAGGUUCCUCUUCUCCUGGGUCAUGUGGCCAUUUUUGCACUAGGCACACGGAUGGGAGCAGCUAUAGGUUGCAAGUCAUCAGCUCCAUCAAGAGGGAGAUGCAGAUGCCCCAUGGGUCAGCUGUGGAGCAAGAACGAGCUAACCUGGAUCCCCUCGCCUACCUCUUCUACAGCCAGAGAACGAGUUGCUAGGAGGUGGCAGGUUGCUCAUGUCCACAGUGGAGCUGGGAGGAGCCCCUUGGCUGUGUGUGUGGGAGCUCAGCUACCUGGGACUACCAUG